CGUAAACUAUUCGGGGUAAAUAAAGGGGACUGGACAGUCAAGUGAGUCAGGAACUCUCGAGCUAAAGCUUGUGCAAUCGAUCGGAAACUAUCGGUCCCGAAUCACACUAGACAGAGCGGAGAAACCGAGACGUAAUUCCCAGCUGCUGCAAGCAUGGCGACUGCGCUACCUCCGGCACCCGCCGAACUGGACAUCCACAGAGCGCCGGAGCUGAGCCGUCACCCCGGGACGCUGGCGGCUUCGUUGUCUCCCGUCGACGUCCUCCGCUGCAACAACGGGCACUAGAGUGAAACCUGUGACACUGUGUGUGUUCACGAUGAAGGAGGGAGAAUCGGUGCAGGCAGUCUACCCGUCUGGCCGGUUCACCACAGUCAGUCAGAUCCACGAGACAGUGAUGGCCGCACUUGGCCUGCCCUCCGAAGCCGUCGACUGCUUCAGUAUUUGGCUCUCCUCCAAACACCUCCAGCUCCAGUUGAAAUCCUAUCAUCUCCCGUGCAAGUUGUUCAAGAAGUGGAAGGAUCUCCUCUCUCAGUACACCAACACCGCCUACGACGACAUAUGCCAAGACGAGCCAAUUCUGACAUUCCAGAGAAACACCUUCUUCCCUCUGAAGGAGGAGAGGAAGAUGAUCGACCCAAAGAAGAAGAGUGAGAACGAGAAAGCCAUUGACCUCCUCUACAAUGAGGCUGUGUUCAACGUGACUAAAACCCGCUACCCUCUAGAGGAGACCGACUAUCACGAACUAGCUGGGAUCCAAGCCGCCACUUUUGCCGUGGAACACCCGGGAGAGGGACUAACCUCGGGGAACCUCCACCCCUACCUACAGACAUUCUACCCCCCUCACCUCCUGGAGCCCCCCACUGGGGGCCAAAAAUCCCUCCUGAAACUGUUCCGACAGAGAUCGGUGGAGCACUCGCUGGCCGAGGAGAAAUUGAGAGGCCAUUUCGAGAAGGUUGCAAGCAAAAGGCUUUCGGCUCACAAUCUGAAGAUACUCUAUCUUCAGUACUGCUGGUCGAAACCCUUCUAUGGGUCGGUGAUGUUUCACGGGCAGAUAGAGAGACCGUUCAAGGCAGUCCACAUCCUCACCUACUCGGACAAGAGAGUGACAGUCGCCCUCAACCCUCACUGUCUCCACAUCCUGGACUCCAAGUCUCCUCCCGGUAUAAUGCUGUACCUGACAUACGACCAGCUGUCCUGGGAGUUUGAGGAGGCACCGGAGGACGGAGAGGACUUCUACAGCUCUCUGUGGCUGGAGUUUGACUCGGUGCUGGAGCUGGAGGACCGGGAGGAGAAGGUCACCAAGAGGGUUCAGGUCUUCUCACCGACAGGUGACACAGACUACAAGUACCAGUUUUUUCACCAAUGAAACUACUAUGAGAAGCAUACAUGUAUAUGCUACUGAUGCUCCAUACACGCAGGCUCCAAUGAUGGAUGCAAUGAUCACGCGAUGUGUGGGAGAUAUUGUGAAGACAGAGGAGGAGCUCAAACAGAUGAGAAAGGCCCAGGGCUACGAUGAAGUGCUGCCUGAGUGUUCCAUCACGACCCACAAACCAGGAGAGUCUCCGCGGACACAGAGACAGGGACGCAACUACAAGGAGGACAAGAUGAGAUGCACCACUUUCAACGACAAAGGUGAGAUUAUUGGCGAUGGAGGGUUCACUCUCACACGACCUUUCAAGAGACGCACGCCCCGUUCGGGCAGCAAUGCCACGCCCGGAGACCCCGCCCUGCCACAGGAAGGCCACGCCCUGCAACCACUGGAAACCAGGGAACGCAGCAGCACCAAAGACUCUUUCUCUUCAACUGACAUGUGAUUUUUCACCUCUCCACAAACCUUUUUAAGAAUCUAUGUGUAUGUAUAUUAUACUGCCAUCAUAUUUCAUGCAUAUGAAUUACAUACUAAAAUGAUAAGUGCUGUAUUUGAAGACGUGUGCAUGUAUGUAUACAUAACAGUAUAUCCACAUCAUGUGGUAUGAUGAUUAUAAAAGUGGCUCCGUCCACCACCCAAUGUGUGAAGCCCUACACAGAGUUUCUGCGGUCCUUCGUAGGUGGACUCUCCACUGUAUCAAAGGCAGCUGCUGAACGGCCCAUUUUUGGAGACCAGGUUGCAGUUUCGCUACUCUCUAGAUCUGCAAAUGAUAUUGCACGUUGCAAUCCCUUACUAAUCGAACCAGUCAUGCUACUCUCUCCAGGAGAUGAUGCUUGACUCCUAGGGAGAGGGACACUUCGAUGGCGAGGACGACGCCAAGGACCAUGGGCCACAUCUAAGACUAGGCCAAGUGAAGAUUCAAUAUCAUGCUGAGAGGGAUGGCGGUAGGGUGAUGCAAUCGGUCGAACUUCACGCUGGAAAGGGAGGUCGAUUAGACGUUGACGUUCUUUUACCAACGCCUUUCUAAAUGACAGUCCGCGGACGUGGUAGGGUUGGAGAUGAAAAUGUCCAUGUGCGAAAUCUGUGAUCACCCCCUCCUCUGAAUCUGAAAACAUUUCUCCCUCCAAAUCUGUGAUCACUUCCUCCCCUAUGGAUGAA